UGAAAAUCUUAGCUGCCCUCCUGGCUUAGUGUUUUUUCCCUGAAUAAAAACCCCACCAUCCCACCUCUUGUCUUUCUAGUUUUUAUCUUCAAAUCUCCCACCCAUUCUCCCCUGCCUCUUCGCUGGAAAAUGUCGAAUAUCUUCUGGAAAAACUUUCAUCUCUGCUUCACGAAGCUGAAAUCGGAACAUGCAUCUUCCAUCUUACCACCAUCUCCCACAAAACAUGAUGAGACCACUUCAUCGAGGACACUUCUCCUCAAGAACUUCAACUCCCUUUAUGACAUGUCUUCAUCAGCCUCAACCUCCAAGUCCCUUAUGACUCCCUCCACUGACGCCGACUUCCUGUCCUCCGACUCUGACUCUGACGCCGAGUCGCCCCCUGAUUUCGCCACCGUAUUCGCUUCCCAGCGCUUCUUCUUCUCCUCUCCAGGCCGUUCCAACUCCAUCGUUGAGUCAACUGACACAAGACCAGAAGCAGAGUCUAGUACAGAGACACCGACGCUGGAUGGAGGCGUUGCGGUCAAGAAAUACUCGCCGGACCCUUACAAAGAUUUCAGGUUUUCAAUGCAAGAAAUGAUCGAAGCAAGAAACCUAACUGACGUCAAGGAGGACUGGGAGUUUCUGCAUGAACUACUCCUUUGUUACCUUAUCUUAAACCCCAAAAACACCCACAAGUUUAUUGUUAGUGCUUUUGCUGAUAUUGUUAUUAGCUUACUGUCAUCAUCCCCGGAUUCUGAUAGCCAUCCGAGACCUGAAAACCACCGCCGGCAUGUUGGAUGCAAAAGGACAAAGAAAUUAAUGUCUCCGAUAAUUGAAGUAUCAAGGAAGCAUGGGAUGUUGAUGUCUCGAGGCAUGUUGCUGUAAUUUUUGUACGUUGGCUGUGUUAUGUAAAAAAAUUGUGUUGAUUACGGCCUGAGGGCAUACCAAAAAAAUGGCGUUAAGUGUUCCUCCUUGGUUGAUUGGCAAAUGGUGAUUGAUUUCUUGGGGGAGGCAAAAGUUCGUUUAUUGUUCUUGAACUUGUCUGUGGUCCACAUGCGCAUUUCACUUGUUGGCAAGUUUUGCACACACAACCACGAGGUGCCUAGCUUUAUAGAGUUUAUGUUUCGGACAACUUAGCUGCUACAUGUC